AUGUACAAAGUGUCCAGACAUCAGUACCCAAAUAGUGAUCGAGAUCGUUGCCUCUCAAAGGCUGUGAGCUUUUUGUCCUAUGAAGAUCCUCUGGGGAUGGUCCUUGCCUGCACUGCCCUUUGUCUGUCUAUCCUCACAGCUGUAGUUCUUGGCGUCUUUGUGCAGUACAGGGACUCCUCCAUAGUCAAAGCUAAUCACCGGGCUCUCAGCUGCAUCCUGCUCAUCUCCCUCAUCCUGUGCUUCCUCUGCUCUUUCCCCUUCAUUGGCCAUCCCAACACUGCCACCUGCAUCCUCCAACAGAUGACAUUUGGAGUCAUGUUCACUGUGGCUAUUUCCACCAUUUGGGCUAAAACCAUCGCUGUAGUCCUGGCUUUCAAGGUCACAACCCCAGGGAGAAAGAUGAGGCAGUGGUUGCUUUCAGGGGCACCCAAUUUGAUCAUUCCCAUCUGCUCAUUGAUUCAAGUGACUCUCUGUGCUGUCUGGUUGGGAACCUCUCCCCCUUCCGUUGACAUGGAUAUACAUUCAGAGCCUACCCUCCUAAUCAUUGUGUGCAAUAUGGGCUCUGCUGUCAUCUUCACCUUGGCCUUCCUGGCCAGAAGCCUGCCUGACACUUUCAAUGAAGCCAAGUUCCUGACAUUCAGCAUGUUGGUGUUCUGUGGUGUCUUGAUCACCUUCCUCCUUGUGUAUAAUAGCACCAAGGGGAAGGUCAUGGUGGCUGUGGAGAUCUGUCCCAUCUUGGCUUCCAGUGCUGGGUUACUAGGAUGCGUCUUUGCCUCCAGGUGCUAUAAUAUUCUCCUUAAGCAAGACAGGAAUACCCUGCCAAGAUUAAGGGGUAAAACAAACUCUGGGGAAAAAUAA